CAAGACUUUCAGGAACGAAGCAUUUGCCCCAAGAAGACCUCCAAACAAAAGUGCAGACCUGAACUGACAAUAGCGCGUUGCUGGACGAUGAUCCCUGCAGGUAAGAGAUAUUCCCGCUUCGAUUGGCAUCGGGCAAGAUAAAUGAUCUCCUUGCACUAACAAGACUAUAAACGACGGACGAAUCGGCCCUAGUCCGACGAUUACCGACCAACGAUUUUACCAAGCGCUCCAGAUGAACUACGAGCAACUCCAGAUGGACGAAGACAUCAUCAAUACCAUCCAUUACUGCAGGGAUGACCAGCACUUUUCCGAAUUUCUCUUCGAGAUCUUCCUGUAUGAGAUGGCAGCGGCGAUCCCGGCUUCCAGGAACUCUACAGUCAUGCGGUUCGAUACUCUGGGGAGCGCAAUCAACAUAGCCGUAUCCAUGAUGACAUCUUACGGCGACGACCCUAACGCAGCUCCACUGAAGCCAAGACCAUUCCACGACAUGUACAUUGCGAGUGCACCCUAUGCUACCGGUCCUCAGUAUGUCUAUAUGUAUCUCAAGGACGAAUGGCGAGUGAGCCGGUUGUUUAUGAGGGACAUUGAGAUGGAUCGUACCAAAACUAUCCUCUCUCAAUUCCCAACAACUUGUACACUGCCCCGAUUGACACAGCAGGAUCACGAUCAUUUCCAGUGGCAGUAUGCAAAGAUUAGUCCCGAGUUCCAGAAUCGAUACGCGGUCAUUGUACAUGCCUGUCGCAAAUAUGUAUGGAGCCAUCAGGGAUCCAAAGGGGACUCUGUCAUGAUAAAUGGAAUGUGGGGGGUCGAGAAAUAUACCAGCAAGUACAACGCCGAGCUCAUCAGGAAGUGGAGCGACGAAACAGUCGAAGCUCUUGUCUCGCCUACUUUAGGAUCCUUGAACGGAGACGAUGUGACGGAAACGGGCGAGAAAUCAAAGUCGGCACUUAAGAAGGCAAAAAAGAAGGUCAAGAAGAACGGAAUCCCAACAGGGCUGGAGAACGUGUCUGUGGUUCUGGAGGGCACUGGCAUCAGCAUUACUACCACUACCACCCCACCAACGCCAAUACCCGGGCCAUCGGUACCCUCAAUGCGCGCGCCAUCACCAACGCUACCUGCUUUUGAGAUCGAAGAGGAGAAGGCUGAGGAUGAAGACGAGGACUGGGACGACGAUGAGGACAUGAUUAUGGCUCGGGCUAUUAUUGCUCGUUUCAAGCAGCAAUUGAAAUACAAAAAAUUCGUGGACGACCGGGCGUUUUUGGCGUCUGCAGCACAGGAGUAUAAGAUCCAACACGGCAUCAUCCUGCGAUCGACCAUGAAUUCGUUCAACAACGCAGUGGCCAAACAACGAGGCGCGGUUGAAAGGGCACGACAGAGAGCCGUGGCCGAGGGCAAGAAACGGAAGGAAUUGGAGAAGCCAAAGAAGGUGCCGAUGGAGGUCAACAUAAAGGCACUCUGUCGUCACGGGCAGGAGAUCAAUCAGGAUCUGGCUAGGAUCCAUGAGGCUGUUGAGCAGGCGAGGGUGAGCAUGGAAGCCAAGGCGCGUAAUUUGGCUAGAAAAGAAGCCAAGGCCAAGGAGAAGGAAGCAGCGAAGAAGAAGCGGAGACAGGAGAGGAAGGAGCUGGAGGCUAUGGCGGAUCGGUCUUCUGCUGAGCUAGAAGGUUCAGGGUCUACCAAAGCAGAUCCAGAGGCAAAGACCUCAGUGAUUGGUGCAGCAAAAGGCAAGGUCAAUGCCACUAGCCGCGACAAGAGCAACGUCAACAAACCUGCGGACAGGAGUAGCAAUAACAGCAACAGCGACAGCGAUAGAGCAAAAAUUUAUUCCAGCGAAAAAGAAAUGACGGAAAAGGAGCGACAGGCGGAAAUCACCAAGCACUUGAAUGCUUUCUUGGAUGAGCUCGUGCGGAUGGCAUUUUCGCGCGGCAAACUGGAUAUCAUCCAAAUAGGAGAACAACGCAUUCCGUACGAGAGCCCCGCGGUAUUGCGUACGUUCUUCGACAGCGAAUUCAGAGCCAUAUUGGAAAAAAGUCGCGCAUCAUUUAAUUCCGCCCUCAGCACCAUCACCAAGGAUCUCGUUCGUUGGGGAGUAAUUACUGAGGCAGAAAAAGAGCAAUUGGACAAGGCUACGAAGAAGAGGACACAGACGAGCCCACUAUUUGCGAAAUUCAAGGACGACUCCAUCCUCCGCGAGCAAAUGGAGGACGAAUACGUCGAAUGCAGCGGCUACUUGGAACACUGCAUUGGUGAGAAUGUGUACGAUAUCGAUGGAUAUUCGACCAAUAUUUCUCCGGAUGGCAUCGAUGUCACUACAGCCCAUGAACUCGAAGAGCACUAUUACGACCGCUAUGAUUAUGGCUAUGGCUUUGAUGGUGACGACGACUACGACUACCACGACGAUGACGACGAUGACUAUUACUCCUAUGAUUAUGGGAGUCCUAAGUAUCGCGAGGGUCAUGGAAAUUAUCUCAGCGGGCACAAAGCGAUCAUGAAACGAGGACCAAAUGUCAAUGGCAAGGACAAUUGUACCAGGAUUGGCGCGCAGGAAACUGGUGAUGUCCUCGAUCCAGAUAACGAUUCACCGGCAGGCGAGGCAAUCAAUGACGAAUCAGUGGAGCAGGAAUAUCAGCAGAAGCGAGAAGCAGCAGAACAGGCUGCGAAGGAGGAAGCUGAACGCGUCGCACGAGAGGAAGCAGAGAGAGUUGCGCGAGAGGAGACCGAGCGGGUCGCAAAGGAAGAGGCUGAACGUGUCGCACGAGAAGAAGCUGAGAGGAUUGCGAAAGAAGAGACUGAGAGAAUCGCACGAGAAAAGGCUGAGAGAAUUGCAAAGGAAGAAGCCGAGCGCGUCGCGCGAGGAGAGGCAGAGAGGGCUACACGAGAAGAAUUCGAGCGCGUCGCGCGAGAGGAAACCAAGCGGAUCGCCAAGGAGGAUGCUGAACGGGCUGCGCAAAAGGAGAUCGAGAGGAUCGCAGAGGGAGAGGCUGACAGAGAAGAGGCUGAGCGGAUAGCUCGUGAAGAGACCUACCUCAUCGGACAGGAGCCGCUCAAAUAUAGUAGACGAGAAAAGGCCAAGACAGAAUCAGAACUGACCGAUAUGGAAGUGGCCGAUCGGAUUGACAAGGCUAUGGCCGGGAAGGUCGCGAGAGCGAUUGAGGCUGAGAGGGUCGCAAAGGCUGAGCUAGACAAGUACAACAGCGAGCGGGUAGCGAAACUUCGGGCCGCAAAUUCCGUCAAGGCAACACAAGCGGCGACGUUGAAGGCUCUACAGGAAGAAGUCAAGGCAGCUCGUCAGCGGGAGUCUGAUGCCAUCCAGGCGGAGAAAGCUAUUCAGCUCAAGCUCACCACUGAUGCUGCUACUGUUGAGGAGGAAAGGAGGCUGGAAUCGGAGGUCCAGGCCCGGGCGGAGCGCUUCAAGGCGGAUCGGGUUCAAGAGAUCGCGGAGAUGCAGCGCAAAGCCAAGGAUUUGGUUGAGCAGCAACAUCGUAAUGAAGCGUGGAGAUAUGGCAAGGAGGCUGGAGAGCGGUACGACAAGGAGAGACAGCGACUCAGGUUGUGCGAGGAGCGUAGCGAGCUAUUCAAGGCAGAUCGGCGCAAGGAGAUCGAGGAUAUGAUUCUCGCAGCAAAGACCUCGUAUGAGCAAGAGGCCGCCAAGCGUGUUAAGGAGGAAGCAGAUCGACUGUUUCAGGAGACGAUGGCGCAGCCCAGGAAGGACCUGGAAGAGGCACGCCUGGCGCUAAAGAAAGCCAAGGAGGCGUUGAGUAAGCACAACAAGCAGGUGGGGGCUGAGAUUAAUGCAGACCGGCAGAGGGCAGAGAAGACGAUUAGCGCGCAGAGGAAGUAUGAUAUCCUGAAGACAAAACGAAAGAACCUGGAGGCGGAGAGACAAGCAGUAGUGGCUGCGGCAGGCCGCGGCGAGCCUGUCAGGGUGCCGAACAAUGGAGCGGUCUUUUUCUACUGGCAGGGGAUCGACUUUACGCUCUCGCUGUGGAGGCCACCGACGGACCGAUUUCAGGGGAUGGAGACCAUUAUCCAGACCCGGUAUCCUGUAAGUCUCUUGGAUGCCACUCCUUUUGGUUGGGAUCUUUGGCGUCUGGCUUCGUCGGUACUAAUGAAUAAGUAUCGAAUGAUUGCUGCUCGCUAUACCUCGUCAUGCUAGACUCUCCUUCCAAGCGCAGAGUCCAUCAACAUGCGACACACACUCCUUCUACGACUGCAGAACUUGUUCGACCUGGAAUUCCCAGGCAAGGGGCUUAUACUGAAUCCGUUCGG